UUCGUUCACUCCCAGAAAGUUCAUAACAGUUAAUUUUAAACUUCCUCACGUAGAGCGAUUUAUUUGUGUACCAGAAGGAAAUUAUUUCCGUUUUCGCGAGACAAUGGUGUGACGUAAUAGUAGCUUGCGACUGUCAAUCAAAAUGUCGGACGAGUCAGGGCUCGAGUGACAAGAUGAAAGUUUACGUAAGAAAGAAGUGAUAGUCGACAAGAUGUGGAACCACUCGAUCCCCGAGCUGCGUCGCCCCCUCACCCCCGUCCUGGAACAUCCGGAAGUCUCGUCACCCUCAGCAGACACGAUGUGCACCUUUGACCCGGGCUAUCGUCUUUCGUCGACUGACCCACAAGUCAUCGAAGAGUUUGUGACGUCACCACAUAGUGUUGAUCAGGUGAUCAAACCACUGACCAAUGACUUGUCGGAGGAACAGAUGCAGGAUGUGUACGGUUGCCCCGGUGACCGCGGUGGAACAGCCGUGCUGGACAGGACGUGGCACGUGUACAACACGGCAUGCCGGGUAAUAGACGCCCUGGAGAAGCAGCUCGUCCUCAUCAAGAAAAAACUGAAGAAGGUUUCAAACGAGUACUCCGUCAACCACGAGCGAGCGACGUCAGCCAUGAGUCGGCAUCGUAUGGUGAAAGGGUUGCGCGAGGUAGCAGACGACAAGGCCACGUUAUGGCGGGAACAGUGCCGGAACUUCGAGCUGGGAUACUCCCAGGAGAGGCCGGAGUUUGAGCAGAUGAAGAACAUCCACAGCAUCCUCAAAGCAAGCAUGGAGGAACUCGUCGAAAGGAACAAGUACCUGGUGUCCUUUGUGAAGCUGAUCAAACGAAGGAGUUUGAAGCAGUAUGAGGAGAAGUACCGCAACCAAGUGGGUGCGAACCACUCAGGCACGGAGAGCCUCAUGUUACGGCAGCAGUUUGAGGAAGCUAUCCGGAAUCAGCUGGAAUUGAGGAACAUGGGAAAUCCUGCGUUGAGGAAAGGGUUGGACUUCCAGGAUCAGAUGAAAAGGUUUGGGCGGAGCUUGCCCCGUCCGCCGUUCGCUCCUCUGAACGUGUUCAAGCUGAACGCCCUGGCUCCUUAUCUUGGACGGUCGUGUGUCGGGUAUGGUGGCGGCAAGGUGUACACGCUCAAAGUGGACAUCAACAAGCACACGCUGAAGGAUGAAGAGACGUUCGGUCGAACUACACCUGAGACGAAGGAUCACUGGAUUCUGUCUGGAAAGAAUUGUCUUCAUGACCCGGAGAAUGUCCUUUUCGGCGAUUGCGUCUUAAGUCAAAGCGAGAUGUUUGGAUAUUCCAAACUCCCCUCAAUUCGGUGCGAGGCGGAAGGGAGGCAGAUGGGUGAGGGGCGGACGGGACAUAUUUCGGCACCUAGGACAAGCAUUGUAAAACAUGAGGCCACCAAGAAGAGACAUAGUUCAAAGGUCAAGAGAAGUUCAAAGUGCAUGAAACCUUUAAAAACAGCCACCCAUGGUAAUCAAAAGAAACCAAAGUCAAAGCCAUACUCUGGAAAAAAGUCGCAUUUCAGGGUUUCUCUCAACAACUGGGGCCAUCAGGACGAGGUUGACGCGGAAAGCGUCACAAAAGGGGAGUUCCUCACACACGGCCAACCAGUGCGUCACGCCGAGUAAAACACUUCAAGCGUACGGACUGCUGUCAAAGAAGGUUGAAGACCUGACAGUCUGGAUCAGUAAUAAUAAAUGGAUUUGAAACUUCA